UGCGAAAUGAGUGUGGUUAACUCAAAACCGCCUUAGAAAAUAGUCAUUUCUUAACGAAUUCAGAAUGAAUUCAGAAUUCCAGCAAUUUUUCACUUUGGCUCGCUUUAGGGGCCUGAGUCCUCGCGCCUGGUUAUCGAUCGACGGAGCAUCAGCGUGCCCCUAGGUGGCUACAAAACGGGCUUCGUCGUUGCUAUUGAAAGCGAUUUGGGGGUCACGCGCUUGAUUUCUCAAGGGCGGCGGCCUCACGUACGCCACAGCGGUAGUUACAGCCCCGCUAUUGCCGUUUUUCCUGCUACAUGCGUCAUGCCCACGAUACUGCUCUAGAAUGUAGCCGAGCGCGCCGCGGCUUCAUACAGCGCAUCGCAGCACAGGGCCAGCUUCAGAAGGCCGCCUGGGAUUGUAGCGCACCCAUUCGCGCCGAGGCUUCCCACAGAUAUACACAAAGCAAGCCCUCAGCCGGUGGCGAGGUUUUCGCGCGUGAACUAUUUUGCAAGACGAAAUAGGGCGCGUGGAGGCCCUUCGACUUUCCUGCUUCGGGCCGCCACUGUAUAAGCGGCUUCACGCGCGAAAGACAGGGACUUUCUUAGCCUGGCAAGAUUUUGCAGCGAUGCAACGUCAUUGCUGCCCCCAACAUUAUUGCCUUGGCGCUGGCGAACACUUGCCUCUGGCGAAUGGGCCCUGAUUCCCGGGUCAUGAAAGACCGCAGGUCAUAGCGAGGAACCACCCGGGCCUGUGUUUUUUUCGAGGGAAGCGGCCCGGCGUCCAGCUAGGCCAUUGAAGAAAAGGCGGGCCAGCGAGCAUCUUGCGGAAGGGUCCGGCACCAAUUUCAAAAUUAAGUUGGAAAAGAGUUGAAAAAAGUUGGAACAGAGAUUUCAACUAGGGGAAAGCUUUCCAAGCAGGGGGGCGCUGCUUGGUUUUGUCGAACCGAAGAAACCACAGCGGAUGUUGAUUCAUUUUUUUUUUUUGCGAAAUGAGUGGUCCUCUGGUGCAGAGGACUCACGACGUCUAGGUUGUCUCAAUGAAAGAACCUCCUAGAAUGAACAUGUAUUUGUCGAAAGCGAGAAGUACAAACCUGGCCUAUGGUUCAGAACAUCAAGUAGGGAGGUGUUUAUUGUUGGUCUUCAGAAAUGUUUGCUACAACCACUCUUAUGCACUACAAUCAAUGGUACGAAAAAAAAAAACGAGAAGGUCUCAAACCGCAUUGCGUCGAGAUGGAAGCAGUGCUUGCAC